CUCACAUCACCUCACCCACCUCACCCUACGACUAACGUAUCUACUAACAUGGAAGUACAAAUUCAGAUUCAUUUAUUCCGCCAUUAAUGUACGCAGAAAAUCGACACACACCAGAGGAACGAGAAGGAAACUGUAAGACUUGGUCUCCUUCAAGAACACAGCUAUUCUUCUUCUUCCACAAUUCUUGAGAGGAAGAAUUCAUUUGCAAAUGUUCAACUUCACCAAGUCAAGAACCCGGUCUAACAGACCCAGUUCUUUAGGAGGCAUGGAUUUUGUGGAUCCAGUGAAGAAAAGUGGUCUUGUAAGAAAGAUUAUAUUUGCUACAAGUCUUGUAGCUUUAUGCAUCACAAUAAUAAAGUUUUCCCCAUCUCUCAGCAGCCCUAGCCCAUUCUCUAGUCAUGAAGCAGGGAUUACUCACGUGUUAGUAACAGGAGGUGCUGGUUAUAUUGGUUCACAUGCUGCACUACGCCUUCUAAAAGAUUCUCAUCGUGUCACUAUAGUGGACAAUCUUUCGCGUGGAAACCUAGGAGCAAUCAAAGUUCUACAAAACCUGUUUCCGGAACCUGGAAGACUUCAAUUCAUUUAUGCCGACUUGGGGGAUCCAAAAGCUGUAAACAAAAUCUUCUCAGAAAAUGCAUUUGAUGCAGUUAUGCACUUUGCAGCCGUUGCAUAUGUUGGAGAGAGUACCCUUGAUCCCCUAAAGUAUUAUCACAACAUUACAUCGAAUACCCUUUUGGUAUUGGAGGCUAUGGCAGCACAUAAUGUGAAUACUUUGAUAUACUCUAGUACAUGUGCGACAUAUGGGGAACCUGAUAAGAUGCCCAUUACAGAAGAAACCCCUCAGCACCCGAUUAACCCUUAUGGAACAGCCAAGAAAAUGGCGGAAGAUAUUAUCCUUGAUUUCCAUAAGAACUCAGACAUGGCAGUCAUGAUUCUAAGAUACUUCAAUGUGAUUGGAUCUGAUCCAGAGGGAAGAUUAGGAGAAGCACCAAGACCUGAGUUACGUGAACAUGGAAGAAUAUCGGCUGCAUGCUUUGAUGCAGCACGUGGAAUUACCGAUGGCCUCAAGGUUCGAGGAACCGAUUACAAAACAGCAGAUGGGACAUGUAUACGCGACUACAUUGAUGUGACCGAUUUAGUUGAUGCUCAUGUAAAAGCACUUGCGAAAGCACAACCAGGGGAAGUUGGAAUCUACAAUGUUGGAACGGGUCAUGGUAGAUCCGUUAAGGAGUUUGUUGAAGCUUGUAAAAGGGCAACCGGUGUAUCGGUCAAAGUUGAAUAUUUGCCACGUCGCCCUGGUGACUAUGCGGAAGUGUUUAGUGACCCUUCAAAGAUACUUCGUGAACUUAAUUGGACUGCUAAGUAUACGGAUCUUGAGAAAAGUUUACGGGUCGCGUGGAGAUGGCAAAAGUUGCAUCAUAAUGGAUAUGGUAAUCAUUAAAGGUGUUACUAAAGUUUUAAUUCUUUAUUUCUUAUAGAAAAUGAUGAUGAGUUAAUACACGUUUGGUUUGUUGAUUUUCAUAUUGGGGAAAGGGGUGGUUUAUAUUUUGUUUUGGUAAUUGUUGUUUUGUUGAAUAGGGUUGGAGUUGUAGGAGAGCAACCCAUAAGUCAUAUGGAUUUGAGAGUGGGUAGGGGAGAGAUGUCCAUAUUCAAUAACACAUGUUGCUUGUAAUUUCAUUGUUAUUUUGCUAUAUAAGAAAAUUCAGCUUUAUGGUUUA